GUCACUUCCUUAACAUCAGGCUAGCUGUUAGCCUGCUAGCCUGUCCGUGCUGCUGCACGUGUGUCCGCGGUUCCUCACGUAAAGCUCCAGAGAUGGUGAACGGAAGGACCGGGGCGGCGGUGGCCGGCCUCUGUGGGGCUCUUUUUAUCGCCUACUGCUUUUAUUUCGACAGAAAAAGACGAAGCGACCCCAAAUUUAAGGAGAAACUCCGUGAACGUAGAAGAAAGCAGAAAGUUCCUGGUGAGAAGUCUGGACUGGCCAAGCUCCCAGACCUGAAGGACGCCGAGGCUGUUCAGAAGUUCUUCCUGGAGGAGAUUCAACUGGGAGAGGAGCUGCUGUCACAGGGUGAAUUUGAGAAAGGCGUGGACCACCUGACCAACGCCAUCGCCGUCUGUGGUCAGCCUCAGCAGCUGCUCCAGGUCCUCCAGCAGACUCUGCCACCUCCAGUUUUCCAAAUGCUGCUCACCAAACUUCCCACCAUCAGCCAGCGAAUCGUCAGCUCACAGUCUUUAACAGAAGACGACAUCGAAUGAGAGUGUGAGGAUUUUCCUUUGCUCCAGACGCUGUGGUGUUUAAGUGGGUGAAUUCUGACACAGUUGGACCUUUGACCCUCCUCCCUGUACGGACGCUCUGAGGUUACCGGAGGAAACAUUCCAACUCUGUUCUCUGUCUAAUAUCACUACAGGUCUGAGAAAACUCUGGUUCACUGUCUAACCUGCAGAAACAGCCACAUAUCAUGAACAUAUUUUCAUGUCACAUCUUUGACUCUCCUGUUCAGGAAGCUUGUGUUUGAUCAGAUCUGCUGUGUGUAGCCCCUCCUCUUUUAGAUGGCCUGCCCUUUUAAACUGUUAGAGGAAGGUGGAGUCUGAAAUGUUUAAAUAAAUGACUUUUCUUUUUGCA